GAAGUAGUGGUUUUCAGCUGGCAAGAAGAAAAACAAUCAGGACACACGUCAUUUCAUAUUUGUUCACAAGACAAAUAUGGCAUUGCGCAGUACAAGAAGUGAGGAGGAGCGGAGCUUCCGAGAGUGUGAGCAGUAUGUCGAGGAACACGGCAUCCAGCAACUGCUCAAGGAAUGCAUCGUGAAGCUGUGCAUGGCCCGGCCUGACCGGCCCAUGAGCUUUCUCAGGGAAUACUUUGAAAGAAUGGAAAAGGAGGAGGCCCAGCAGAUCACUUUGCAGCAGAAGUCUAGCUCGAGGUCAGACUCACGUGAUGACGAAGUUUCUCCACCCAUGAACCCUGUGGUGAGGGGUCGGACCCGGAGAGGAGCCAUCAGUGCUGAGGUGUACACUGAGGAAGACGCUGCCUCUUAUGUCAGAAAGGUCAUCCCAAAAGACUACAAGACCAUGGCGGCUCUGGCCAAAGCCAUGGAGAGGAACGUGCUGUUUGCCCACUUGGACGACAAUGAGAGGAGUGACAUUUUUGACGCAAUGUUUUCUGUCAACUACAUUGCUGGAGAAACAGUCAUCCAACAAGGUGAUGAGGGAGACAACUUCUAUGUCAUUGACCUCGGAGAGAUGGAUGUAUAUGUGAACAAUGAACUGGUGACCAGCAUUGGUGAGGGAGGCAGUUUUGGGGAGCUGGCUCUGAUCUAUGGGACCCCUCGAGCAGCUACAGUCCAGGCCAGGUCCAAUGUCAAACUAUGGGGCAUUGACAGGGACAGCUACAGGAGAAUAUUGAUGGGAAGCACUUUGAGAAAGCGCAAAAUGUAUGAGGAGUUCCUCAGCAAGGUGUCCAUUUUAGAGUCUCUGGAUAAGUGGGAGCGUCUGACGGUGGCUGACGCCCUGGAGACUGUGCAGUUUCAGGACAGCCAGAAAAUUGUGGUGCAGGGAGAGCCUGGCGAUGAGUUCUUCAUCAUCCUGGAGGGGACAGCAGCGGUGCUACAGAGGCGGUCAGAGGAUGAGGAGUUUGUGGAGGUUGGCAGACUUGGACCCUCAGAUUACUUUGGUGAGAUCGCCCUGCUGAUGAACCGGCCCCGUGCUGCCACUGUUGUUGCAUGCGGCCCCCUCAAGUGUGUCAAACUGGACCGACCCCGAUUCGAGCGAGUUCUGGGUCCCUGCUCUGACAUCCUGAAGAGAAACAUUGAGCAGUACAACAGCUUUGUCUCCCUCUCUGUCUGAGCUUGUCAGCUCUCCGACCCUCCUUUCCUCUGCUGCAGGGUCAACCAAUGCACAUCUGCUUCAUUCUUACUUCUACACUCUCUUGUUGUUACCACAGCCACGUGACCCCAGACAAGAGGACUCCAAUACAUCUGUUAGUCCUCUUGCUUGUUUUUUUUUUUUUUUUUUUUUUUAUGUUGUCAGGAGAAAAUAGACACACUUUGAAAGUGUAGCUAAGAUUUAAAAAAAGGUUUAUGCAUGUCUGACUGUGCCUUCAUACUGAUCACUGUGAGUAGAUUAUUAAAAUGGGAAUAUUUAUCCAAAAUACAGAGAUAACAUUAAAUAAUCUAGACAACAUAUAAAGCAUUUAUAGAAAAAUGUUGAUCCAACAGCUGAUGCAAAAUGAUUAGUCAAAUUAAGACAGGAUAUGAACAUGUGCAUGGAUGUAAAGAUGGUUUUAGGUAAUUUGUUCCAUAGUUUGAUGGGGGUUAACGAAUGAAAACAUUGUUACAUUAUCUGUUUUGCAGUAUUAAGUCAAACAUGUUGACAGUGUGAAUGCACAGGUAGUAGCUUGGUUUGCUCUGGAGAUCUUCAGUUUUCUCAAAGAUGGUGUACAGAUGUUUAAUCCUGACUGAGGAGCUUUAUGUUUUUGACGAGGUAUGCCAACAUUUGUGUGCCGAUGUUGUUAUUCAAGCUAGCGGCAAGGUUCUAGGGAUGGCAGUGUUUGGGUCUUUGGCCCGGAAUGAAUAUCUCAGCAACUAUAUAGUGAUCCACUCAUGUCUCCCUCCCAGUGAAUUGUAAUAACUUUGAUGACUUUUCUUUUAGCACCACGAGGUCACAAUUUAAAUGUGUCCAGUACUUUGGUCUAGGACCUGCAAAUGAAUGACAUUCCCUUCAUCCUCAGCUGCAGUGCUAAUUAGUGAAUGUUAGCAUGCUAACAUGCUAAAGUCAAUGGUAUACACCUUCUAAACAUCAGCGUGUUACCAUGGUUAUUGUCUGUUAGCCUGCUGUUGUUCAGCCCUCAGCAUGGCUGUGCCCAGGUUUAACCCUCCAACUAGGGGGCUGUCCUCUUGUCCCAGUUGUCUUGGUGUAGCUUGUAGACACACCUCUCCUAGAGGGUUGCUUUGACAUUGAGAUACUUACUUUUUGUGCAUCUGGUCACAGUUUGAUAGGAGCACCAGCCAUAUGCCUAGGAACCCAGGAACAGAAAUAAAAAGUUUAUUUUAGUAAAUUUCCAGUUAAACUUUUGGUACAGGUAAGCUGUACCAAAAGCCAUCGACAAUUUGGUCAAAUUCUCAUUUCACUGCUUAUUUUAAAUAGAGCUUCACCUCUGUGUAAGUUCUUACAUUUUAAUCAACAUUUUUAGAUUGCUUUUUGAACAUGAUUUCUUUUUUGUAUUUUUUACAUUUAAUCAUUAAAUAACAUUUUCUCUUUGUUUACCCUUUGCUCUGUAACUGUUACUAUAUUACACAUUAAGUGUUUGUUAAAUACUUUCUGAACACAUUCUGAAUGUCCAGGUAUCCCUUUAACUCUGCUGACAUCAUGUGCUCUUGUGUUCUAUUUACAGCUCUGCUACGAAUCUAUAUAUUUAGAGUAAAUGACUAUAUUUUUUUAGGAUUUUGUGAUACACAAAACUAUUUGAUCAAUGAAAUUUGUUUUAUAUGGUGUUAAAUUCACUGAGUUUGUCUGAUCCCAACAUUUAAAGGGAGUGCAGGUCAAUACUUACAAAAGAGAAAUGGUAACUCUUGGAAGAUUCCAAGUAUGAUACUGACAUGUUCCAUAUCGCAACAUUUUUUUUUUUUACUAAAUCAGCAAAGAUGACAAUAAUUGGUUUUAUAAUCAUUAACAUAUUUUAAAUCCUACAUAUUACACUGCUUAAAGCAUUGUUUUCUAAAAGAUAUACUCCAGGGAUUUAGAAUUUCACUUCCAUAAAGCUGGGAACAUUUAAAGAAGAAAUGUCAUAAUCAAAGAUGAGGUCCCGGGGUCGACCCCGAACUCGCUGGAGGGAUUACAUAUCUCGUCUGGCCUGGGAACGCCUCGGGGUUCCCCAGGAGGAGCUGGAAAGUGUUGCCCGGGAGAAGGACGUCUGGAGGACCCUCCUUAGCUUGCUGGCCCCCCGACCCGGCCCCCGGAUAAGCGGAGGAAGAUGGAUGGAUGGAUGAAUGGAUAAACCCUUAUGGAAAAGUGCCAGAGGUGUCUUAAAAAAUGGUAAAUGGACUGUACUUAUAUAUCUCUUUAAGUCUUCCUACCACUCAAAGAGCUUUAACACUAUAUGUCAUCAUUCACCCAUUUACACCCAUUCAUACACUGAUGACAGGGGAUACCAUGCAAGGUGCCACCUGCACAUCAGGACUAACCAAUCAUUCACACCCGUUCAUACAUUCAGUGGGAGCAAUUUGAGGUUAAAUGUCUUGCCCAAGGACACACCGACAUGGACCAGCAGAUCCUCUGAUUGAAGGACGACCCUGCUCUACCACUGAGACACAGUCGCCCCUAAACAGCAGCAGUCCAAACAGAAGCAGCCUAAGAUGUUACAGUCUAAAGCUUUUCUUUAAACAGAAACUGUCUGGUUAAAUAAGUAAAUAGAGGAUGAGGAUUCAAUGCAAAAUGUUGGGUACUUGACAAAGAUACACACUUUAAUUAGUAUAAGUAUCAGAAAGGUAUGGAGGUUCAACACACAGCCCUAUCUAACGGUGAACAAAUCUACGGGAAGCCCACUAGUUGGAGUGCAUGGCACAGCGCAUGGCAGAGCAGAGCAGGGUCGUCCUCCAAUCAGAGGGUGGGCAGUUCGAUCCCCGGCUCCGGCAGUCCAUGUCGAUGUGUCCUUGGGAAAGACACUUAACCCCAAAUUGCUCCCUAAGGCUGUGCCAUGGGUUUGUGGAUGUGUGUGAAUGUAAGUUAGAGUUAGAGUUCUGAUGUGCAGGUGUAGCCCCUGUCAUCAGUGUAUGAAUGGGUGAAUGAUAACAUGUAGUGUUAAAGUGCUUUGAGUGGUCGGAAGACUAGAAAAGGGUUAUACAAGUCCAGUCCAUUUACCAUUACUAGUUCAACCUGUGAGUUCCUGGCUUAAACUCAUUGCUGAUUGUUGUUUUGCAGAUUUCUGUCACCUCCUCUCUGAAUAUCAUCACUGUAGUCCAGCCGCUAGAAAUUGGCAAUCAGUUUUGGCCUAGACAUUUAUUUUGAGCUUGCAGUUUACACCCUGUGUUAAAUGUCUAUAAUGUUUAUCAGAGAUGUCUUAAUUCAGUAGUGUUGCACCCAUUUUACUGUAUGGUGUCAUUUUGACUGGGUACUGUAUUUGUUUUUUAUCAGCUAUGUCUUAUGACUUUACAGUAUUUCUGACUCACUACAAGGUCAAAAAGUAAUUGUCACUGUGCUCCAGUCAGACCAUCAGUGAGACUAAAGAGGAGCCUGCAGUGAGGCAGCAAUGAGGACCUCUGUUCUACAGUCUGAGUGCCUUUAUUCAGAUGGACUAGACAGAUUGUGCUUAACUGUUGGUGUGUUUGGGUUUCUCUGCUUACAGCAGUUCAAGCAAUAAAGAGAUCAGUGUUUUUCAGA